AUGAAGAUACUCCGCAUUUCUGUGCCUUCUCCAUUAAGUCUCUGGACAACCGUACGCUCGGUUGGCGCAUUCAAUGUUGCUUGUUCAUUUGCUGCAUUAUGGACUUUUGUCAAAGUCUCAAGCGCGCUUCGCUGGCGAUUGAAGACGACUCAACUGCGGGGUCCCCCUCGUACCAGCUUCUUGUAUGGCGUUUCGCACAACAUCGCCGCAUCUAAAGAUCCUGGUGGAAUGUAUGAUCAUUGGGCGACGAAAUAUGGGUUAGCGUAUAUGAUUCCGAGCGUCUUCGGGAAGACUGUAGUCGUGCUGUGUGACCCAAGAGCUGUAGCACAUUUCUAUGCCCGAGAGACAUGGACAUAUGUGCAAACGCCCAUAUCGUUGGCAAUUCUGGAGCCAUUAAUCGGCAGAGGGGUAUUAUUGUCAGAUGGUGAAAACCACAGGAGGCAGCGGAAGGCUCUCAUGCCAGGUUUCAGUAAUGCAGCGAUUCGGAAACUCACUUCAGUGUUUUAUGACUCAGCAUACAAAGUCAAAGGUGCAUGGGACACUGCUAUAGAAUCGAGCAAAGGUGGCGGCGUUGUCAUCGAAGUUCAGAACUGGAUGAAUCAUAUAUCUCUAGAUACGAUUGGCAUCGCUGGGUUCUCCCAUGAUUUUGGCUCACUCGAUGGAAAGCGAGCCAGCGUGACCGAAGUGUUCGAUACUUUCGGAACCAACCAACAGGCCUCAGCAUGGAACCAGUUAUUUAUCCUGCACGCGAUAGCGUUUCCUAUCAUUACCAAGAUCCCCACUCAGCGGACGAAUCUGUUCAAGCAGCUUGGCGUAACCAUGGAAAACAUAUCUAACGAGUUAUUGAUUCGCAGCCGCCGGGAGAAGGAUGUGAAUAUGAGCGAGAGAAACGAGGAGAAGUCCGUCAUCGGAUUGUUGAUUAAAUCCGAAAGCCAGGAUGCCGAGCUUCAUAUGUCGAAGGAGGAAAUAGUGGCUCAGGUGAAGGUCUUGCUUGUGGCAGGUUAUGAGACGACAUCCAGUGAGUCGUGGGCGCUGAUCGAGCUAUCGCGACACCCCGAUGUCCAAACCAGCCUCAGAGAGGAACUGCUUGCGUUUAAUGCCGAUCCGACAUAUGACCAAUUAAAGGCCGAUCUUCCAUACUUAGAUGUGGUUGUCCAUGAAACUCUACGACUCCAUCCUCCAGUGGGCGAGCUCACUCGUCUUGCAGCGGCAGAUGACAUCAUUCCCUUGAGCGAACCUGUGCACACGGAGUCUGGGGAAAUGACGAACAGUAUAUAUAUAGGGAAAGGGACAUUGAUCAUGAUACCAGUCGCAGCGAUCAAUCGCUCUUCGGCCAUCUGGGGACCCGACGCAAAGGAAUUUAAGCCUGCUCGUUGGCUAGCUGAAGACGGCAUCAGUGGGAAGGCCAAGGAAGUCCAAGGUCAUAGGCAUCUGCUGACAUUCGUCGACGGCCCUAGGACGUGUCUUGGAAAAGAAUUUGCAAUCACGGAAUUCAAGGCGGUUUUAUCGGUUCUGGUGAAGAACUUCGUGUUUGAGAUGCGGGAUGGACCUGAUACUCCAAUCGAAGUUGCGAAUGGACUUUUACCCCGUCCGCGGGUUGUUGGAGAAGAUGGUAUUGGGGUACCUUUGAGAGUUCGUCGGUAUGAAUGA